AUGGUCAAGGAAUCUGAUGCAAAACUAUUUUUCAUCAGUGAAGAAUGUAUACACAACAGUAUAACCAAGAAAAAAACAGCAAUAGAAAUUAAAAAAUACAAACAAUUAUUAGAGAGACGAGAACAAGAAUUUAAAAUUAUCGUAAACCAAGGCUGGUUCAAAAACGAAACAAAAACAAAAAUCCCAAAAAACAUAGAAUGGUUACUCUCUCUGGGCGCAAAGUUCGCUUUACAUUUUGCUUCGUCACAAUUCCCUCUCUUAGAUUGCAUUACUGAGGGAGAAGACAUUAUCCAAACUCUAGGUGAAAAAAAUGAUCAAGAAAUAGCCAGAACACAGCUUACCCAUAUGAUAAAAAAACAGAAAAACAAGAAAUUGAAUACCGUGGGACAAACUAAAAAAUUUCUCAAAAAAAAUUCAGACAUGUUGAUAUUAGAUGCGGACAAAGGUAAUGUUACUGUUGCCAUGAAUAAAAAUGAUUAUAAAAAUAAAAUGCAACAAUUUUUGAAUGACAUUACCACCUACAAUAUCUUAAAACAAGACCCAACAUCCAAAUUACAAACUAAAAAUAACAACUUAGUUGACAAAUUGUUCAAAGGUAAUGUCAUUGAUUCUGUGGAAAAAACAAAAUUAUCCACUUUUACAGCCACUGCCCCACGUAUUUACGGUCUACCAAAAAUACAUAAACAAGGAAUACCGUUAAGGCCUAUAACUUCGUGCGUGAAUGCACCUUCUCAAAAUCUGUGUCAAUACAUGGUAAAUAUAUUGAAAAAUCUUACAAAAGACUCAAUAUACAACAUUAAAGAUGCUAUAUCAUUUAAAGAAAAAGUAAAUAACGCGUAUAUUUUUGACGAUGGGAAACUCGUAUCCUUCGAUGUAGUAUCACUUUUCCCUAGCAUACCAGUAGAUUAUGCAUUAGAGAUUAUCAAAGAAAAAUGGUCUCAGAUUGAAAAGAUCACAGAAAUGAAAAAAAGUGACCUUCAUGGAAAUACUCAAGUUCCUACUAAAAGACAACAGAUAUUUCAAACUUGA